AUGACUGCUGUGUCGCUCUCGACCGAAGGUAUCCGCUCCCGUCUCGAGUGGAACACCACCCUCAACCCUGCCUCGGCGCCUCUGCCGACCGAGGAAACCAAGUACUACCGCAAGACGGCCAUCAUCGCCACCAUCGGCCCCAAGACAAACAGCGUAGAGAAGCUCGCUGAGUUGCGCAAUGCGGGUGUCAACAUCGUGCGCAUGAACUUCUCGCACGGCGAGUAUUCAUACCAUCAGAGUGUGAUCGACAAUACGCGUGCUAUGCUCGCAAACAAUGCCGGCCGCCCGGUUGCGAUUGCCCUUGACACUAAAGGCCCUGAGAUCCGUACUGGUCUGAUGAAGAACAACCAGGACGUUCCUAUCAAGGCCGGCCAUGAGUUCAUCGUGUCCGUCGACCCCCAGUACAAGGAGUCUGGUGACGACAAGGUUCUCUUCAUGGACUACCCCAACUUGCCCAAGGUUACCGCACCGGGCAAGCUCAUCUACGUCGAUGACGGUAUCCUCUCGCUCCUCGUCCUCUCGAUUGAGGGCACGAACGUUCGCGUCCGUGCUAUCAACAACGGCACGCUCUCCUCGCGCAAGGGUGUCAACCUUCCCAAGACCCCGGUCGACUUGCCUGCCCUCUCGGAGAAGGACAAGAACGACCUUAGGUUCGGUGUCAAGAACGGUGUCGAUAUGAUCUUCGCCUCCUUCAUCCGCCGCGGCCAGGACGUGCGCGACAUCCGUGAGGUCCUUGGCCCCGACGGCCAAAACAUCAAGAUCAUCGUGAAGAUCGAGAACGAGCAGGGUCUUGUCAACUUUGACGAGAUCCUUGCCGAGACUGACGGUGUCAUGGUUGCUCGUGGUGAUCUCGGUAUUGAGAUUCCGGCGUCGCAGGUCUUCCUUGCGCAGAAGAUGAUGAUCGCCAAGUGCAACAUGGCCGGCAAGCCCGUCAUCGUCGCCACCCAGAUGCUCGAGAGCAUGACCUACAACCCGCGCCCGACGCGCGCUGAGGUCUCUGAUGUUGCCAACGCCGUCCUUGAUGGUGCUGACUGUGUCAUGCUUUCCGGAGAGACGGCCAAGGGCUCUUACCCGAUCGAGGCCGUCCUUAUGAUGGCUGAGACGUGCUUGCUCGCGGAGAAGUCCAUCUGCUACCCGCCCCUGUACGACGAGCUCAGGGCUAUGACUUCGCGCCCAGUGCAGACGGUCGAGGCGAUCGGCAUGUCGGCGGUAUCGGCGGCGUAUGAGGCCAACGCGGAUGCGAUCCUCGUUCUGUCGACCAGCGGCAACACCGCGCGCUUGAUUGCCAAGUACCGCCCGAACGUGCCCAUCAUCACGGUCACGCGCAGUGAGCAGACGGCGCGCCAGAUUCACCUCCACCGGGGCGUUUAUCCGUUCUGGUACCCCGAGCCGCGCGGUGUGCAGGCGCACCAGUGGCAGACGGACGUCGACAACCGCAUCAGGUUUGGUCUGCGCCAGGCGCUCGAGCUCAAGCUCGUCCAGCCUGGAUCGACGAUUAUCGCCGUCCAGGGAUGGAAGGGCGGUCUCGGGCACACGAACACGCUCCGUGUGCUGUCUGUGCCGACGGAUGGUGCGGACCUUGAGGCGCAGCCGCUUGCGGGCGCCCAGUGA